UCAUUAAUAAAGACUAUAUCUGCCCCUGCACUCCGACAAUUGAGAGACGAGAGCUUUAAAUGCUUCACUGACUCACCACCUUGCCGGAAACCACCGCCAAUUCACCAAACCUCCUUUAGCUUUUUCCGGCGGUUUUUUGUCUCCUUCACUUUCCCCGGCCCACUCCCUCUCUCUUCUUUCUCCACCGCCGCCGCCGGUGGGGCUCUUUUCCUGCGAAAUUUCAACCGAGCUAGCUCGCUUCUCGUUCUUUCCUUCUCUGUAAACACCAACCCACCUUCAAAUCAACUCUCUUGUUGGGAGAUUUAGAGGUUCUUUUCCACUCUUUCAGCUCGUUUUCCCCGUUAACUCCUCCCAAAAUUUCACCUUUUUCCUCGCAGAUUUGAAAAUUCACUUUCUUUCCCCCCCCCCCCCCCUUCUCUUAACCGUUUUCUUACUCGGGUUAUCUUCUCGCAAUGUGGGUAGUUUAUUGCGUUUGUUUGUAGUUUCCUGCUCUGGGUUUUCUCGUAGCUGCUGUUUGGUCGGAAUUUCUAGCCGUUAAUGUCAAAUUUUUCCUGGCUAGAAAGAGUUCAAAAACAAGUCAUUUCAUCUCUAGGAAUUUGUUUCUUGUCUAUUCUUGUUUCUCCUAGCUGUAGUUGUCGUUAUUACCUCGAGACCCAAAUAAUGUUCUAAUCACUUUAUAUUUCUUUCCAACCAAAUGUACGGCUUGCAUUCAUGUCUGGCUUUAGUGUGUUGUUAAGGUUUCUGAGCCUUUGUAAUGGAAAUAUAAGUUAGAGUGUGUUGUUUUUGGAUGUAUUGAGGUGGGGGGAAUGGGAAUGAGAGGGGUGUUGUGCUUUUUGUUUUUGAGUCUUUUUGUUUUGGUUAGGGCUUUGAACCCUUCACUGAAUGAUGAUGUUCUGGGGUUGAUUGUGUUCAAGUCUGACAUUCAAGAUCCAAAUGGAAAGCUGGUUUCUUGGAAUGAAGAGGAUUACAGUCCUUGCAAUUGGGAUGGGGUGAAAUGCAACCCCAGAUCCAAUAGGGUGUCUGAGCUUAAUCUUGAUGAUUUUGGGCUUUCUGGGAAGAUAGGCAGAGGGCUUCUUCAAUUGCAGUUCCUCAGGAAGCUCUCAUUGGCUAAGAAUAAUCUUACUGGAGGGUUAAGUGUUAGUCUUACCCAGCUUCCUAAUCUCAGGGUGAUGGACUUGAGCCAUAACAGUCUGUCUGGGCCGAUUCCGGCUGAUUUCUUUCAGCAAUGUGGGUCAUUGAGAUCGAUUUCUUUGGCCAAAAACAAGUUUUCAGGGCAAAUUCCUGAGAGUUUGAGCUCAUGUUCUGCAUUAGCUUCAUUGAAUUUAUCCUCAAAUCAGUUUUCUGGAGUGUUGCCUCCUGGGAUUUGGUCUUUGCCUUCCUUGAGGUCUCUUGAUCUGUCAGAUAAUCUGCUGAAGGGUGAGAUUCCAAAGGACAUUGAAGGUCUCAAGAAUUUGAGGGUGAUAAACUUGAGGAAGAAUCAAAUUGAGGGCGAAGUACCUGAUGGGAUUGGAGAUUGUUUGCUGCUGAGGUCAAUUGAUUUUAGCCAAAAUUCCCUUUCUGGAGGACUUCCCACCACAAUGCAGAAGCUAAGCUUGUGUAACGAGCUAAUCUUGAAACAAAAUGCAUUCACUGGCGAUUUUCCGGAAUGGAUUGGAGAAAUGAAUAGCCUCCAGACUUUGGACCUUUCAGAAAACAACUUCUCUGGUGAGGUUCCAACUUCUAUUGCAAAUCUUCAGUCACUGAAGGUACUAAACUUAUCCAGGAAUUCGAUUUCUGGAAGCUUGCCAAUUUCCAUGAGCAGUUGCAUAAACCUUCUGGUUUUAGAUGCUAGUCAUAACUCCUUGACAGGUGAAGUUCCUUCUUGGCUAUAUAAACUGGGAUUAAAGCAGGUCAUCCUUUCUGAAAAUAGGCUCACUGGUAGUCUAGAUAACGCUUUUGCUACAUCUAUGGAGAAUUCUCGUCAAAAGAUUGUAGCUUUGGAUAUGUCUCACAAUAAUCUGUCUGGAGAGAUUCCAUCUGCUCUUGGAGAUUUUGAUGGCUUGGAAUUCUUGAAUUUGUCUGGAAACUCACUUUAUGGAAGCAUUCCUAAGAGUAUUGGAAAACUGAAAUCCCUGGAUAUGCUCGACUUGAGUGAGAACGAGUUAAAUGGAAGCAUUCCUACCGAAAUUGGAGAAGCCACCUCUCUUAGGGAAUUAAGGCUACAGAAGAACUACAUGGAUGGAGGAAUUCCCGCUUCAAUUGGAAACUGUUUGUCACUAAUCACUUUGUCUCUUUCACAUAAUAACCUAACUGGUCCUUUACCAGCAGCCCUAGCGAAACUGGGUUCCCUCCAAAAUGUCGACUUUUCCUUUAACAAACUAACCGGAAGCCUGCCAAAGCAGCUAGCCGAUCUUGUGCACUUGUUAUCCUUCAAUGUUUCACAUAACCGAUUAAACGGUGAACUGCCUGGCGGUGGGUUUUUCAACACCAUUUCACCGUCUUCUGUGUCUGGUAACCCGUCCCUUUGUGGGGCUGCGGUCAAUAGGUCGUGCAAUACGGUCCUACCCAAACCGCUUGUACUGAACCCGAACUCAACCGAUGAUGCUCCCGACACGAUCCCUCAAGCUUUUGGCCACAAGAAGAAGAUUCUCAGCAUCUCGGCCCUCAUUGCCAUUGGGGCAGCUGCUGUGAUUGUCGUUGGUGUGAUUGCGAUUACUGUGCUCAAUAUGCGGGUCCGGUCUGCUGCCCCUCGCGCUGCAGCUCUCACGUUUUCCGGCGGGGAUGACUUCAGCCACUCGCCCAGUACUGAUGCAAAUUCGGGCAAGCUUGUGAUGUUUACGGGAGAUCCCGACUUUAGUACUGGCGCUCAUGCUUUGCUUAACAAAGAUUGUGAGCUCGGGCGUGGUGGAUUUGGAGCAGUCUACCGGACUGUUCUCGGGGAUGGACGUCCCGUUGCGAUUAAGAAGCUCACGGUCUCGAGCCUUGUUAAGUCCCAGGAGGAUUUCGAAAGGGAAGUUAAGAAGUUGGGGAAAGUGAGACACCCUAAUCUUGUGACACUCGAAGGCUAUUAUUGGACCCCAUCGCUGCAGCUUCUUAUCUACGAAUUCGUCUCGGGUGGGAAUUUGUAUAAACGUCUCCACGAAGGAUCGGGGGGGCCAAAUUUAGCAUGGAGCGAGAGAUUCAACUUAAUUCUUGGCACAGCUAAAAGCUUGGCUCACUUGCACCAAAUGAACAUAGUUCACUACAAUAUAAAGUCAAGCAAUGUUCUCAUUGACAGCUCGGGUGAACCAAAAGUUGCAGAUUAUGGCUUAGCAAGGCUGUUGCCCAUGCUCGAUCGAUAUAUCUUGAGCAGUAAGAUCCAAAGUGCACUUGGCUACAUGGCACCCGAGUUUGCUUGCAAAACUGUGAAGAUAACAGAGAAAUGCGACGUGUAUGGGUUUGGAGUUCUGGUUCUCGAGAUAGUUACUGGGAAGAAGCCCGUAGAGUACAUGGAGGACGAUGUGGUUGUGAUCUGUGACAUGGUGAGAGGAGCCCUCGAAGAUGGCGGGGUGGAAGAUUGCAUUGACAAGAAGUUGCAAGGGAAGUAUCCAGCCGAGGAGGCGAUUCCCGUGAUGAAAUUAGGGUUGAUCUGCACCUCGCAAGUUCCUUCGAACAGACCCGACAUGACAGAAGUAGUGAACAUUUUGGAGCUGAUCAGAUGCCCUUCUGAAAGCCACGAUGAGGAGCUCGGUUAAGGCCUAAGAAUCACGUUUACAAUGGCGAAGAAGAAUCCGGUUAGUUUAAUUUAGUCUCGAGGCAAGAAGUCUGAAACAGUUUCUGCAGAAAUUUUUUUCCUUAUUUUCCCAUUUGCUUAUCUAUAUUCCAGUAGGGGUUACCGGAUUCUUUUUCACCUGGGUUCCAAUCUGGAACCUCUCUUGUUUAUCUUCACUUAUCCUUCUUCUACUGUAUUUGCCACUUCUCAUAUCAAUUCAUGCUAACUUUUGCUUUCUGUUC